AUCCAUUUUGUUGGUAGAUGAGGAGAGAGACAAACAGGACGAGAGUUUUACCACUCUGCUGUAGCCUCAGAUUUCACAAAGGAGAAUAUUUCUGGAAAAUAUUUUUCCAUUUACAGCUACAGUUUACGGAUUAAAUCAAUUGACGACGAAGGGCUUAUUCCACCAAAGCCUGAGGAAGUCGAAAUACGGCUUCUAAAGUACCGUGCGCCGAGGUGAAUUCAUGUUCAGCUCGGUUUCGCUACAAAACAACGCUCAUUGGCACAUGAAAACCUCAGAUCCUGCUGGACAUAAAUGUGCAGCGAGAAGUAGAUCAACUACUUCGAGGACCUGGAGCCCGAUUGGCGAAGAGAAAUUAAAAAGUAAAGAACGCAACGCACUCAACUUUUUCACAACAAAAAGGUGACAUCCAAUUAAAACAGUAUGGGAGGUGGCGAGAGAUACAACAUUCCAGAUCGUCCAGCGCCCAAGAAGAGCCACCAGAUUGGCCGGGGGAAGCAGAGAAGCCGAGACCAGAAUGGAGUGAUGCAUUCUACUGCCUCAGGAGCCUUAGGGGUGCCUUUUCACCGCAGGGUUGAGAAGGGCACCAACUAUUGGUCUCCUGAGACUGUAGACAAGAAGAAUGCCUCGGUUCGUUUUGCUACACCAUUUGAUCAGAAUUGGGAGGGUACUAUGUCUCAUCUGAACAAACUUUUGUCAGCUCAGGGUGGUCAGAACUAUGCUGGAGCCAAGUUUAGUGAACCACCAUCCCCAAGUGUGCUACCUAAGCCCCCGAGCCACUGGGUGUCUCUUCCUAUGGGUCCUUGCGAUCACCGUGAGAAAAUGACCUUUCAGUUGAAGAGCCUCCUGAAGGUUCAGGCCUAAGGGGUUUUCUCACUGCUGCUCUCAUUAAGCCAAUCUUCGAACGAAAGCUCUGUUUUGGUCUCCUUCCCUCACCUUGAAUGCUCCAACGAUGUAAUAUAUUUUUAUAGCUCUUUUUAGAUUUGCGUGUUCAGGUGAUGACCAUUUGAUAGACAGUCUGAUGCCCAUCACCUCUAUUUUUUUUUUUAAAGUUUAACUAUUUAUUACGUCGUUGUGGCCUUAAGGGGGUGGUUGAGAAUUCUUAACGCGAGUUUUAUGCCAUGACAAACGAUGAACUGGAUGUCCUCCUUUAUUACUCAUUGCUCUGUUAUGCUCUUUUGUUUUGUUUUGUUGUUUUUUUGAUGGCUGUUUGUGACAGUGUGUUUUUCUUCUCAACCCAGCCUAAUAGAUGUCAGAAAAUUCGGUUUUAUGUUCCGUUUUCCGCUUGCUGAGUAUGUAUGCGCACUCUCUGCUUGAGUUUUAAUCAUGUAUGGAGUGUCAGAAACUUCUUGGUGCUAAGCACAGCAGCAUUUGUAGCGUUAUAGUGCAUACUGCAUUCCCAGGUAUCUUUUUGUUUUGCUUUUCGGGAAGUAAAAGCCACUUGACUUCGUUCUGCAGGGAGACCUUCGCGAACAGACUAUGAAGGGGGAACAAGCUUAAGUGAACAUAGGUCAUAUGACUAACCUCAAGCCUAAUGAGGUGGCACAAUGGACCAUGUGAUUUCAACACCUGUACUUUUUUAUAGCGCUGCGCGCAUUGCACUAUAGGUGUUGAAAUUCACUAAGGUUCAUAAGCUCAUUUGCAGCGAUAAACUUUUUAUGCAUCCCUUAUGUUAUAGCCUAGAAGACAAAGUGUAAUUUUUAAUGUUUACCAAAGCUAUCUUAUCUGCUACUUUCUAGUGAAAUCCCCCUUUGCUGACCAAAUCUGGUUACAAGUGCCAUAAAUCAUUUGGGUAAGGCAUUGGCAGGCGUGUAUAUUAAGGUUUUGUUUCUUUGACAAAUCGCUUUUGGAAUUCAGUUUUCCUUUCUUUUUUUUUAAGUUUUGCAAUAUUUUUAGAACGAUCGCAUAGCAAAUUUGCGGAGGGAGUUGUGACUGCGAGACCACAGGAUGAUAUAUUCUCUGGUCUCGUUUCAUAGCUUUUUUUGCUCUGCGAUGCGUUUUGAUGUUAUGAACGUUGUUAUGAUAUGAAAGUGUGUAUCAUGAUGUGGGAGAACUGAGACUUUGGGCAUCCAAUGUGGAUUAACUCCAGCGUGGAUCGUUUACAGUGUUUAAAAGAAAGUAGUCAGCAUUUUACGCACGCACACUGCCCUUUCUCACUUGUUGUUAUUCUUGCACUGCUGUUCGUUUGUGUUCAAAAAUUUCAGACAAUGUUGGUCUUUCAACUGUGGGUAUGUGAUGAAGCACCCCUUCCCACUUAUGAGUGUGGUAAACUACCUCUCUGGCAGAACGUGAUAUUAAUAGCUAUCUUAAAGAUGACAAAACAAAGCUGAUGAGUUUUGAUGUGUGUAAUAGAGCCAUGUAAAUAAUGAAAUGUAUAAAAUGUUGUAGCAUAUUGUACAUUUUUGCAGGAAUAUUUGAAACCUGCUGAUAAAGUAUUUUUAGUAAUAACACUGAAUGUAUAAGUCGUGCUAAGGACAUGGCUUGUUUUCAAAUGCUGAAGAAUAUUUUGUUUAAAAAAAAAGAAAAGAAAUUGCCUAUAGUGCGUCAAAACCCCUGCACUGUGCAAUUGUUGCCAGUGACCUUGCACAUAUUUUUUGUAUAAUGCACUAAGUAGGGGCAAAGCGAACUUGAAGUGCAAAGUAAAAAAAAUAAAGAACCAACAUUUUGAAAUUGAAAGGGACUUUUAUACUUAUUUGUUUUUUUCCCACCCUAUGCAAAUGGAAAAAGUAUUUUAAUUUUGCUUUGUUACAACAGUUAUUUGGCCCCUGAUUCAAAGUUAUGAAGCUAAAGACCAAGCAGCAUACAUUUGCUCCAAGACAUUGAUUUUUCCUCCGCAAAUCAAUGUUUAAAGCAAAUGGUGAUGCUGUUUGAUUCCAAGAGUUACAAAUUAUGUUUUAACCUUUUAAAAGUAAGUUAUUUUGAUGGAAUUUGUUUAAGUCCUUUUCCUAAAUUUGACGGUGUCCCGAAUAAUUGGCUUUGAAUUUGUCCCAACCAUAAUAAUGUCACUAAAAAAUGAAAACUGAAAGCCCAUCUAAAAAUAAUUGGUAUAUAAAAAAAUAUUGUAAUAUUUGGUUGUCAAAAAAAUAAAAACCCUUCCCUCCCCCCAA